AUGAUGACAAACCCAGAUAAGAUAUGGAAGGCCACACUGGAGGAGCCCACUGGCCAGGCCAGUGCCGGGCCAGCCAGUGGAGACAUUGGAGGCAAGGACCAAUGCCCGACUGGGAAGAGGGGUGGUGUGGAUGAGCGCAAAGGCAUCUGGACGAGCCUGUAUGGCAGUAGACCACAUCCGCGGGAAGAAGGCCGAAGUAGAGGGGGAGGAACCGCUUGUGGGGAUUUGAGAGAGAUGGCCAGGGGAAGGAGGAAGAGGGCGGAUGUCGGCAUGGAUGGAGAUGAGGAUUGGAGGAGGAGGAGGAGGCUGGGUGAUCAACAGCAAAAGAACCCUCCCUCAAGUGCUUGUACAGCACACAAAUCCACCAUUUUGUUCCAAUUCCCAUUGUUGUCUGGGAGUCCGUCUCCUCCCCCCAUCCUACCAUCGUUGCCUGAUCUGGCGUAUCAAAACCAACCGGGGCCCUUCAACCCCUACCUUGCCCUCCCACCGCCUGAAGACGAGAUCCCUGACCUCGAUGAGACACCAGUGCAUCACCCUCGCCGCCAACCCCCCUACUUUGAUGGGGACAAGUCCAAAUAUAUGGGCUUUGUGGACUUGUGCACCACCUACAUCGGUGCCUAUUGGUCGGAAUUCUUGCAGGAUGAGAUAAAAAUCCUCUUCAUCCUCUCAUACCUCCGCAAUGAGGCAGGCACAAGCUGCGCCGCCUCAAGAUGGACAAUGAACUGGAAACAGCGCAACUUCGAAAGCCUCAAUGGACUGAAGGCUGGGGUCACCUCGAUGUCCUUCUUGGAGGAGCUUCAGAGGGCCUUUGGAGACUCCAACGCGGAACAAGUUGCCGCUGCUCGACUCAUGGCUCUGCGCCAGAAUAGGUGA